AUGGGCCGCUACAACCUCGCUCCCAUGCGCGUGCGCUCUACGGCAAAGGCCCUCUACGAUGCGAAGCGCAUUCCCAGCCUGCCCAAUUGGUAUGACAUCGUUGGCGACAUCCCUACCAGCGAGACACUGGCCCGUCCGGUCCUGCGCGCGCCGAUAGUGAAGGGCGCAAAGAAGGCCAGCAAGCUGUUCAAGCCGCUGCCCAUCGUAUACCCGGAAGACAAGCUGCGCUCCGAGUUCUUCGGCGACCACCCGUGGGAGCUGGCACGGCCAAGACUGGUGGUCGAGGACUCGGGCAAUGAUUCCAAGGGCUACGACUGGUCGCGCAUACAGCAGAAGGGGAAACAGCUAGAUGGCGAGAGCGUCGUACAGCGCCAAAUGUGGCUCAUGCAGAACCAGCGCAUGUCCCAGGCCUCCGCAUACGACAAGGCCCGCCGUGAGUUCUACCAAUACCGCCACUUGGCAGAAGUCCGGACACGCAUCGCAAAGGAAGAAGCCAUGCACGUCGGUGCCUACUUCGGCAAGGGCCCGCUCGAAGUCGGCAUGGAGCUCGAAGACAAGGCAUGGGAGAACUGGAAGGCGUGGGCCAACGAGCAGAUCGAGGCGGAGCAGAGUAUGCGUGCCCAGAUGUUCUCUGGGCCACAGAACGAAGACUCAGGCGUCAGCGACCUGAGCGAAGCCGAGUUCGACGACGCCGUUGCAGAGCUGGCCACCGUAACACCAGACACAGCAUCGCCAGCGGCGCCGAUUGGGGAGGCCUCUGCGCGCGCAUUAUAG